AUGGCAUCCAAGAAAACGAAAGGCAAGCAGAAGUUGGAAAUCAAGAGGAUUGAAAAUCACGAUGAUAGACUUGUAACGUUUUCUAAGCGUAGGUCUGGAAUCUACAAAAAGGCAAGUGAGCUUAUUACUUUAACUGGAGCUGAAAUUGCUUUUGUAGUGUUCUCACCAACAGGCAAACCUUUUUCAUUUGCUCAUCCUUCUGUUGAAUCUAUUGCCAAUCGUUUUCUUGGAAAAGAUCCUCCAUAUGAUAACAUUCAUCCUCUCGUGGAGGCUUAUCGGCAAACAAGAAUUGAAGAAUUAAAUAAGAAGAACAUUGAGAUGGCAGAUCAACUAGAUAUUGAUAAAGAAAAGGGUCAGAAGUUAAAGAAUCAACUAGAAGAAAAUGAGAGCGAAAGCUGGUGGGAUGCUAAAGUCCAGGAGCUUAACUUACAAGGGCUUAUUGAAUUAGAGGCAAAGUUUAAGGUGUUACACAUGACCUUGUGCAAUAAAAUCAUGGGGAACAAUAAUGGAGCUCCGUCUUCUCAACAUUUUCCUUCCAACUAUCCUCCCAAAAUUGGGGGUUUUGAUAAGGGAGAGGAGAUUGAUGGGUUCGGGUUGCUUGAGAGAGAGUGCCUGCUUGUUGGAGGCUUGGACUGGUGGAGAUGGCUAUUUUUGGGUAGUGAUGAACAACGGGUUGUGUUACGACUAUCAGGGGCAAUGAUUUUGUUAAGGAUGGUUUGUGGUAGAAAUGGUGACAGUGGUGGAUUGCGUGGAGUGAGAGGCACAACUAUCCAAAAGCCAUCUCGAGUUGUUAGGGGUGGUUGUGGUAAGAUGAGCUUGUGGUUGCCACGGUGCUAUUGGAGUGGACUACCACCGUGUAGCCGAUCGUGCAAUUGUCGGUGGUUGGGUGCCAAAAUGUUGGUAGCAAAACACAAGGCAUUAUACCACAUUAUGGCCCCGAGUGCAACACUAUUGAUGGCGAUUAAGGUAGAGCCGAGGAGAAGGGUGACUACCGGGUUGAAGAACGACGGACCCAAAGCCGGUCUUGGGGCGCCGACUUCAAUUUUCAUAAUUGAAACAUGGCUGAAUGUAGUUGACGGUGGCGGGAAAGAGUGA